AGCUCCGCUGUAACCUCGCUGAAAAUUCUAAAACGGCAAGACUCGAAUAUUGAUCCGCAACCCCUACUGCGCAGAUGCGAACCCCCAGAAUGACAUCCACAGAUAACCCUGUCUCCUAAUGGCUGUGCUUACAUCUCGGACGUUGUUUCCCUAAAACACUUUAUUUUCUAUUCGAUGACUGUGACGAGUGCUAAUAUUUGCCGGCCAAUAUAGAGGACCACCGCUCCCUCGCUUCCCACGAUGGGGAACACCCAGGCGGGCGAGAAGCACCUCAAAACGGGCAAGUCGCCCGGGAAAGGUAAACAUUUCAUCAAGAACCUAAACAGAAGAGGGUCGGGGAAGGAGGGCAAGAAGCACGGGAAAAAGAGCGCCGCGAAACUAGAAACACCCGAUAGAGAGUUCGAUAAAACUUCCGAGUCGGAUAACAAUGAGACGAUCGAGACGGGCGAUAACACGCUCGAGUGCGUGUUCGCGAUGGCGGGGGCGCGGGGGGCGCGCGCGGCGGGCGGCGGGGGGCAGGGGGACAGGUGCGCGCGGUCGCCGACCCCCGCGGCCGGCGCGCGCGCCUCCGACCCGUCCUCCUCCGACACGUACGCGGACCUCACGCCGCCCGCGGUCGAGCUCAACCAGUGCUACUACUCGGCCGAGAGCGACAGUGCGCCCGACGAGCCGCGCGCCCCCGGGGAAGCGCGCGCGCAGCCCGCCCCCGCCCCGCCCGACAUGCCGCACGGUGAUGUCCCCGCGCUCGCCUACGAAGUGGAAAAAGAAGUUAAAGUGGACGUCUUCGAUGACAAGCUGCGCGACACCGUCGAGAAUGAGAAAAACAUGGGCAACAUAUUCAUCCACGCGAGAGCGGAGCCCGGGGACUCCGGCGCCGACGAGCCCGACCGCGAGCUGCUGGGGAGCGCGCUCCGCCCGGCCCCGGGGCAGACCUCCUUCACGCUGUCCAAGCAUCGGAAGGUGGAGCUGCCGCCCGCCGUCACGGAGGACGCGCUGCAGAUACUCGACGACGACAAAGAUAAAGUAUGCAGUCCCAUCGAGGCGGCGCCAGCGGUCACAGAGUCCAACGUGCUGCGAAAGGUGGCCUCGCUGACGCUGGAGAGGCACAGCGAGACCAGGCCAGUCACCAGGCCCAAGUUCGUGCCAGAGAAGUUGGACUUCCAGCUGUAUGAAAAGUUCGAAGGGCAGAUGCUUCUUAACUGGUUCGUUUCAUCCGUUUCGGAAGGGAACUAUUUCAAGAAGUUGCUAAAUGCGCAAGACCUUAGAGUAUUGGGAAUUCAAUACUGUACACAUCUGCUGGCGGCGGGAGUCCUUCGACAAAUAACUGAUAAAGAUGCGCCACUAGAAAAUACAUUUAAGCCUAACUUAAUGUAUUAUUGGGCGCACAUGGAGGAGCCAGUUUCUCAACCUGUGACACCGGGGAAACUAGACAUGUCCUCGUGGCCACCCGAUAAAAUAUAUCAACCAAAUAAAAAGUAUGAACCCAACAUCAUCUCCAACAAGGAUCAUAAUGAAUAUUCCAACAAAACUAAUUAUGAUGAAAUAAAUGAUAUCAACACAGCGAAAACAACUAUAUUAGAAUUAAAAUGUAAGCUUCAAGAAUUACAAAAUCAAAUUGACUACUAUAAAAAUAAGAUUAAGACUGUUGAGGUAAGCUCAAAUAAUACUCAAGACUUCAAAAACGAAAACAAAUUAGAUAUAGAAAAAUUAGAUUUAGUAAGUAAAGAAAUUCAAACAAGUCCUGAAGCACUAAAUAGGUUAUCAAGAAAUGAUGUGUUCAGUAGAGAAAGUCACAAUAUAAGUUACAGAGAUAAUGAAAAAUCACAAAAUAGUUAUGUAGAAUGUAAAUCUGAAAACAGAUCUGAUAAAAUAGAAAAUUAUUGCAAAUUAAAUAAAAGUCGAGAAAAUAAUAAAUCGCUAAAGAGGGUUGUAAAUGACACAAGUAACAAUGUAGAAUCAAUUGAUAGUCAAAAAACGAUAGAUGUAGAUAGAUUAAAAAAAUCAAAAUCAACAUGUGAAAUUUCAUCAGAAACCUCAUCACCUAGUACAAAUGAAGUAAAGAUAAUGGAUGCCUCUAAUGUGUGUGCUGAUAGUUAUGUAGAAAACAAAGACAAGGCUGUAGAAAAGUCAAAUUUAUCUACAAGCACAAAUGGUAGCUGCAAAGAAACUAGGAAAUUACCAACAUUGCAACAAGAUGAGGUUAAAUCACUACCAGAAGUUAGUAGCAAAGUAUCUAGAGAUUCGCAUGAACCAAUUAUAGUUCCUAAUAACAAUUCUAUAUUAGAUUCAGAAUCUCUUAGUGAAAUAAAACAAGAUUUAAGUGUGAAACCAUGUCAUGGAACUUUGGACAAAACAUCAACAUCGUCAGAGGAGAAACAAGCCGACAUAGAAACAACUUCACUAGAAUCAUCUAAUUCUAAGAGACAAAUAGCUGCUAAAGUAUGUAGUUCACCUGAUAUUGAAGAAAGUAAACUUUCUCCAAUAAUGGAAGCACUACAGUCUGAAGCAUCAGAAAUAUGUCCUCCACAAAAACCCUCGCCAGAAACAGGGCCACCGUCACCACCGUCGACUGGUCCUCCACCUCCCCCUCCUAUGCCGGAAACGAGUCCUUCUUUAGCAGAAGUUGCUCCGCCGCCACCACCAAUGCCAGAUAUUGUUUCUUUGCCACCUCCUAUGCUAGAAACGGGUCCGCCGCCAUCUCCAAUGCCAGGGAUGUGUCCACCACCUCCUCCUAUGACAGGAAUGGCUCCGCCGCCCCCUCCGAUGCCAGGAACUGGUCCGCCGCCUCCUCCGAUGCCAGGGAUGGGUCCGAUGCCAGGGAUGGGUCCACCGCCUCCUCCAAUGCCAGGAAUGGGUCCACCGCCUCCUCCAAUGCCAGGGAUGGGUCCGCCGCCCCCUCCAAUGCCCGAAAUGGGUCCGCCGCCCCCUCCAAUGCCAGGGAUAGGUCCACCGCCUCCUCCAAUGCCCGGAAUGGGUCCGCCGCCACCUCCAAUGCCAGGGAUGGGUCCGCCGCCCCCUCCAAUGCCAGGGAUGGGUCCACCGCCCCCUCCUAUGCCCGGAAUGGGUCCACCUCCUGUACCCGGAUCCGGUCCACUGUCGGGGUCGGUACCACCGCCCCCGCUGCUGCCGGGGGCUGCGACUGCGUCUGCCCCGCCUCAACCUCCCACGGGACCUGCACCCUUCCCGACGCCGCCAGUCGGGGGUUGGGGGAUGCAGAGAGCGACGUUGCGCAAAACUCCCGUGAAGCCAGCCGCGCCUAUGAAGCCUUUGUACUGGACGAGGAUACUCGCUGCGCCGCCGGUCGCCGUGCCCGAGGCGGAAUCUCCCACCAAGCCCCUGUGGCUGGAGAUCGAGGAGGCGAGGCUGGACAACAUCGACGAGUUCACUGACCUCUUCUCCAGACAAGUCGUCAAAGCCCCGGUAAAGAAAAAAGUCGAAGUGAAAACGAAGAUCCAGCCCAUCAAGAUACUAGAUAGCAAGAGGUCACAGAACGUCGGGAUUCUCGCACAAAGUUUACACGUUGAGUUCUCCGAGAUCGAAAACGCUAUUUAUAACUUUGAUACGUCUGUUGUCAGUUUGGAAGCUUUGCAGCAGAUUUAUGAAUUGAGGGCAUCGGAAGAGGAACUGGCGUUGAUAAAGGAGCAUUUGGCAACAAAACCUGAUAUACCUCUAGACAAGCCGGAGAGCUUCUUACACGAGUUAUCCGGGAUACAGAAUUUCGCCGAACGAAUAUCCUGCUUUACCUUUCAAGCCGAAUUCGACGACGCCGCCAAUACUAUCAUGCACAAGUUGGACAACUUAAAACACACGUGUGAGUUCCUGAUGACGAACGAGUCGCUGAAGCAGCUGUUCGCGAUAAUCCUUACGCUGGGCAACUACAUGAACGGCGGGAACUGCCAGCGCGGGCAGGCCGACGGCUUCGGACUUGAGAUACUCGCCAAGUUGAAGGAUGUUAAGUCUCGUCAGUCCAACAUCACGCUACUGCACUUCAUCGUGCGCACGUACCUGCGCGCGGGGGGCGGGGCGCUGGCGGCGGCGCUGCCCGUGCCCGAGCCCGGCGACGUGUACCGCGCGGCCGCCAUAGACUUCCCGGACGUCGCACAACAGCUCAACUCGCUGAGGAAGCAGCUAGAUGAUUGUAAAGACAAGAUGAAGAAAGUGAUUGACUGUGAGGAGGCGGGCAGAGACGAGGACAACGCCAGCGAGAACACCAGAAGUUUACAAGUUUUUAAAGAGAAAAUGACCGCAUUCCUAAACUCCGCCGAGGAGAAACUCAAAACUGAGAACGACAAUUUGAAUGAGUGCAGAAAUAAAUUCAUAGCCACAGUCAAGUUCUAUCAGUACUCGCCGAAAUGCGGCAGGGUCGAGGACUGCGAGCCCAAAGAGUUCUUCACCCUGUGGACGUCGUUCUGUAGCGAUUUCAAAGACAUCUACAAGAAAGAGGAGCAAAUAGCCAUCAAGGAAAAAUUAAAAGAAACCAAGAAACUCCAGUGUGAGAGGAAAGCUCUCACACAGCCUAAAAAAGAGGGCGGACUCAAAGCUCGUCUGCAGAAGUUGGCCAGCACAAGAAAGUAAUUUUUUGUAUAGUUUUGUAUAAGUUUACACUCUUGAAUAUUUCUUAUUUUGCAUUUAUUAUCAUUAUUUAUUUAUUGUAUUAUCUAAUUUACAAUCAGUAUUAUUCGUUAAAGCAUAAUAUUUAUAUUAUGCGGUAGUUAUAUGGACAUGGGUAACUAUUUAUUAUAUUUUUUGUUUAGGCUUUAUAAUACAUAAUAUUUAGUAAUUCGAUUUUCAAAAGUCACAAUUAUAUCCAUAUACAAUCUUUUUGGUGCUGUGUACAAAUGAAAUUAGAGAUUUCUUUGUUAUAAAUAUUUAAGUUUGACUCUGUUAACUACAGAAUA